AUGUCGGUCGCAGAGCAGAACCGCAACAAAUCCUCGCUAGCCGACACCUACCAACGAGAGACUUCUCGACUGCAGGACGAGCUAAAGAUGUCGAAGAACCAGUUGGAGAUCCUCUCAGCUGAGCUCAAGCUGGCGAAGCGCAAGUAUGAGAAGAGCUCGGUGAAGGAUACCACGCAGAACCAACAGAUGAACGAAGUCGAGAGAUCAAACACGGAGCUGCUGAAGGCUGCCGGACACAUCCUGGGAGGCAAAGAACAUGAGAUCUAUGGCCAGCUCAUGGUCGAUCUCGGCUACAAGAAGAUUUACUGCGCUAACCCUGUGACCCUGUUGGCACAAGCCAAGAUAUGGAAGAAGCAACGAGCCUUUCGGCAGCAUCGGGCUGAGAGCAUUGCAAACAGCAAGAUGAAGAGCAGCGUGAAAGGCUGGCCGGGAACGAUAUCGAUCGCGGAGAUCAAGGAUCCUGAGAACUCGGAGAAGGAAUGCUUCAUAGUCGAUGGGCAGCACAGGCUGGCGGCAUGCAUGCUCCUGUCCUCCAAGGAGAAUGCGCCGGAGGGAGCGGACAAGGUCAUCGUAGAGGUCUACCCGGACAUGCAGGACCAGAACACCACAGAUCUCUUCGUCGAGAUCAACAAGGCAGAGCCUAUCCUUCACGUCGACAUUCCAAUAGCCGACGUCGGCGCAUCUGCCACGCAUCAAGCCAUCCUGUCCGGUGCAGCCGAGAGGCUGCAGAAGAUGAACCCCGAGAUGUUCAAGGAGAGUCAGAACUGUCGCAUCCCUCACAUGAACAUCGACAGGCUGCGCGAUGAGCUGCAUCAGGCUGGUGUGAUCGAUGAGAAUGGCCUCAAGUCCGACGAAGAUCUGCUGAAGUGGCUAGAGGAGAGAAACAAGGAGUUGGCGCAAAAGGAUGAUCACUACUGGAAGGAGUUUGAAGGGAACGCGACCAAGAUGAAGGCAUUAGAGAAGGCGAGGAAACACAAUUUCUUCCUGGGGUUGAACUGGCAAUGGCUUCACAAACAUUGA